AUGGACACUCUGGCAUUUGUACACGGAGCAUUUCAUUGGCUUGGUUUGUCACUGAAAAAAUCUGUGGCUUCAUUUAGUAGUUCAAGUGAGGUCUACGGAGAAAUAGCGUUGCCAGAGGGAAUGCACUUGAUUUCCGACAUGGAUUACAACGAACAUGGCGUUUCGGUAUUGGGAGGAGUGCUUUGUGUUUAUUCUACGCAUGCUCAUCACGGAAAGUACCCUUUUAAGUUAUGGGUAAUGAAAGACUAUGGUGUCAAGGAAUCUUGGAAUCAAUUGUUUACUAUACAAGGUAACGAUCUUUAUUCAAUCACCCCGAAGUACAGAUUUUCAGAUGGUGACGUGUUACUCCAUUGCAUACAUUUAAUUGGAGCGAUCUUUAUUCUAUCUCGGAAUCAAUUGGAACGUAAUGGUUCUGUAUUUAAGACAUCUAAAGAAUCAUCUGGCUUAUGGCCUCAAUCUGAUCUGAAAAGCAUUCAGAACGGAUUCGUUUAA